AGUUGACCCGGCCUUGACAUCAGAGUAACAACGUAGAGCUUCAGAAAAUGGCUGACAAACAAAACGCAGUCGUGGCUGGGCGAAUUAUUCAGUCGAAAUAUGAAGGUUCGCACAAGAAACUGGUAUUUCGGUGCUUAUGUGCAUUGAUUGGAGCCUUUAAUUUUGGAAUCGCUAUUGGCUACAGUUCACCAUCUAUUCCUAGUAUGAUAAAAAGAGGAGUAUUAACUCAAGAAGAAAGCAGUUGGUUCGGGUCAUUACUGACGAUUGGUGCAUUGUUGGGUGCUCCGCUUGGAGGAUGGCUUAUUGAAAAAGUUGGUCGCAAACUAUCCAUGACAUUUCUAUCGAUACCUUUCACAACAGGAUUCUUAAUUAUAGCGCUUGCAACUGAAAGUUAUCAAUGCUAUUUUGGUCGUUUAUUAACAGGAUUAGGCAGUGGAAUGGUUACAGUUUGUGUCCCAAUUUAUGUUGCUGAAAUUUCCACCACAUCAAUGCGAGGUGUUCUUGGAUCUUGUGUUCAGCUUUUUAUUACUAUUGGUAUUGCCACUGCAUACAUCCUUGGUGUAUUUUUUGAAUGGCGCUGGCUGGCUCAUCUGUGCAUAAUUCCAUGUUUCCUUGCAGGGGUUCUUACAUUUUUCAUUCCUGAAACUCCUCGAUGGCUAUUGAAGAAAAACCGCAAGACAGAUGCCAUUCUUGCAUUGCAGGCAUUAAGAGAUCCUCAUACUAAUGUUCAUGAAGAGUGUCGUGAGAUGGAGGAUGGAUCUGACCCUGAGGAAAAUGUGUCAAUUAUGGAGAUACUUCAGAAAAAAGAGUUCUCAUAUCCAUUAUCUUUGGUUGUGUUUAUCAUGAUCUUUCAACAACUAUCAGGCAUUAAUGCUGUAAUGUUCUUCACUGUUUCUAUUUUUGAAUCUGCUGUUGGGGAUUUUGCCUACACUGCUACAGUUAUCAUUGGCAUAGUUCAGAUAUUAGCAACUCUUGCUGCUGUGUAUCUGAUGGAUAAGGCAGGAAGAAGAAAACUUCUCCAUGUUGGUGGACUCAUAAUGGCUACUACACUGUUUCUCUUUGGACUGUAUUACAAGAUCUCCGCCAAAGGAUGGCUGAAUCCAUUUUUGAAUACUUGGAUUCCAGUAUUUUGCCUGACCUUCUACAUUAUUGGAUUUUCUCUUGGAUGGGGACCCAUACCAAUGCUUAUUAUGUCAGAAAUAAUUCCUACUAGAUGCAAAGGAGCAGCUGGCUCUGUUGCUAUAAUAGCAUCAUGGGGCUCUGCGUUUAUAGUAACAAGCCAGUUUUCUGCCUUACAGGCAGUUCUGGGAAGCUCUGGUAUUUUCUAUAUCUUUAGCGCUUGCUGUGUGUGUGGGAUUUGGUUUGUUGCUAAGUAUAUUCCUGAAACCAAAGGAAAAUCAUUAGAAGAUAUUGAAAUGUACUUUGCUGGGAAUUCAACACAUCCUAUUUAAUUUUUCUUGCAAUUAAAAAAAAAGAGCUACAAUGUUUACUUCAUUCUAAAUAAAUAUGCUUUAAUAAUUUUAAAUUAAUAGAAAAAAAAAAGAAAAAAAUGGAAGAACAUGCUAAUUAGAUAACUUGCUAAAUGAGCCCUUGUUUAAGACUGAGGUUCUAAUUUUUAUAAUACAUUAAAAAAAAAACAUUUGCUGUCAUGGAAAGAUGACUAUGGGAAAUUUGGAAAAAAAUUGAUGUUCCAAAUCUUAUAUUAUACUUAUAUUGUUUAAGAUGAACCAAACCAAUCAUGAAAUAAGAUAGGCCUACUUUGUUAUAAACAAAAACUGAGUUUUGUACUUAUUGUUUACAUAUUUUUCCUUCAACACUGACUAGACUUAUUUUCUUAUAUAGUUAAGAAAAAACCAAACACACUUUUUAUUUUAUUUAUCUUCAGAAAUUUUCUCUCUCCUACUUCUCUUUUAGAUGAAAGCUUUGAGGAAUUUUUUUAGGCUUAGUUUGGGUCAUUCAUUUUUAUUUUUCCAUUUAUAAAUUCUUGAAUUGAUAUUUUUUUAUACUGGGAAAUUAUUAAAUUGUAUUUGCAAGUAGUCUAUUUAUUCAAUAUGUAAUAGCCAUGGGUUGUUUUUUUAUUGACAGACAGAUCUAAAUACUUGUGCAAGUUUGCACAGAUUAUUUUAAAAUGAACUCACUCCCACUUUUUUACUUAAGCCUUUGCAUACACAAAAGUUAGGUCAUAGCAAAACUUACAUUUGGAUCAAAGUUUCAGACAUUUUUCUUCCGGCUAUGGCACAAGUUAAAGUUUAUAUAUUCUAUAUAUAUAGUUUAUUUUGUUCGGGAGGUGGGGGGAGGGAAGUGGAAGUGGUGGAUAUUUACUGGGGGAGGGGGAGCCUCUCCCCUCCCUCCUUCAUAGAGAGGAGUCUAAAAGAAACUCUGAUUUAGAUCCCCUUGAACUUUAAUCAGAUAUAAACAUAGAUUACAGACCUACAGUUUUCCACACUUUUAAAAAAAAAUGUUUAUCUGUAAAAAAAAAUAAAGACAUAUUUUUGCUUGGUGAUUGAUUAUAAUGGUAUUAUGCAUUGUGUGAUAAACCUAACUCCACUCUAAUUUUUCACUUGAAUGAAAUUUUGGUAAUUCAGGAACUUAAAAUUUCAUGUCUUUGUUGAGAUUUACUGCUCACUUGCAGGUGAAAUAUAUAUUCAAUGAACUGAAUAAUCCUUUAGAAAUAUGGUAGAAGUUUUGGUUCUGGUGGAUACUGAACUCUAAAGAACUUUCUCACUACAUAUAGGUAUUUUUGCCUUUAUCAGAUGUUGCCGUGUGAUUUGUAUUAUAAUUUUACCUUACAGUGUUUGUGGGAUCAGCAGCUAAUAAUACAUUUUCAGUUUAUUAGAGUAUGCAGAAUAUUCUCAAUUAUCUCAUGUCUUUUGUUACAUUCUUAUAUAUAAUUUUUAUGUACUAGUAAUUCAUAACAUUUCCAUAAAUGUUAAUGCUUUAAGGUCUGUUCUAGAAAUUUGAAGUAACUUUGAAUUGAGAAUGUUUCUUUUAAAAUGGCAUUUAAAAUUAAGUAUAAUGAUUAGACCCUAUUCAGUCCAAGUUUGUCACAAUAAAUAUAAUGAUAUAUUUUAUCCUAUAAUGUUAAACUGUAUAUGGUAUUUAUAACUGUAUUUUAGAGCUUUUGAUAAAAAUAAACCAUCCUUACAUAAUGUUCAGUCUAACACUGAGCGUUAAGCUGAUAACACUUUUAGACCAGAUGUUGUUAUUGAUUAAAUGUUAUAUAGUUUUAAAAGUUGUUUGAAAUAUUGAUAUACCUGGUGUAGUAUAGAAUUUAGUUUACUCAUAUAAUUUAUAAUUAAAAUUUAAAGGAAAUUUAAAAACAAAAAUCUGGUUGUUGUUUUUGGAAGUAUUAUUUCCCUUUUUCUUCAAAGCAAUUCAAAGAUGAGGAUGAUUGGGUACAUAAUUUUUAAUGGUUAAUCUUAAUGAUUUUAGAAAUCUCCAUUAUAUUUACUACACUUGAGAUGGUUGUACAUUUUGUAAAAAUAUAUGUUUAAAAUCUCAUUGAAAAUAAACACAAAAACUUGUAUUCGGAUUUGUUUUUCUAAAACAGAUUAAGACGAAUUAAAAAGUCAAGACAGAUUUUAUUAGAAUUUUUAAAAUCAGUGAUUUCAAUUCCAAAGAUUGAUCUAUACAAUUUGUUUUUUGCAUUUGAAUGAGUACACUCUGUUGAAAUUGAAUUUUUGUUAAUGUAAUUUCUAAAAGAAUUUCAAAAACAUCUAUUUUUAAUAAAUAAUAAUUUAUUUAAUACAGAACGUAAUGUUUGUUUUUGUUUGUGUAUAAAUGUGUAGUCAGACAGUUAUCAUAAAAGAAACAUGACCGUUACCAUUUCAUUUUUUUUUGCUGUGAUUAAGUUUAUAUUUUAUUAACACAACUAGAAAUUUUUAAUUUAAGAAUAAAUUGUUUACACUGGUGAUACUAGACAGUUGAACUAGACAUUUUAUUCAAAUAAUUUUGGUGCUUUUUAUUAUGUAUCUUGUACAAAUGUAACUUAUUAAAAUCAUUUAUGGGGCAAAACAAUAUAAAAUGCUUAUUUUUUUAAACAAAUUAUGAAACAAGAUGUAUACUAAGUAAAUUGCAUUUUUUUGUUUGAUAUUAUAUUACAAUUACUGAUGGUAAUUCAUGUUGAACUCUUGCAUAAAAUAAAUGUAUUGGGUUAUUGCACAAUUUUUGGUUACUUUGUAAUAAAGAAUUUUA